AUGACGAUUUCGAGGUUUCUCCUCAGCAACGGCGUCGUACUGCGCUCCUCCGACACUCCUCCCCUCGCAACCUUCCUCGAAUCCCAUACAGGCGCUUACACGACCACUCGUACUCACAACAGUGCUUCGUACCUCUUGUUCUGGGAAAGGCACGUUAAACGACUCGCCGAUUCGAUCAGAAUUCUAUGGAAUUCCACUCCGCAGCUUCUGUUCAAACCGAACAAUGCUACGCUUUCAUUGCCACCGUUGCCGGCGACAUCGCCGGCGUGGGAAUCGGCGGUUCGGGCGCUUGUGAACAAUCCGAUGAACAAAAUGUUGCCGGUUGCAGUGAAUGAGAGGAGUGCUGAGGAGGAAUUUUCGGUUACGGUGCUCGUCAGUGGGAAUUCGGAGAGAUUGUGUGGAAUUGAGAAUGUGGAUGAAGAAAGGGCGUGUGAAGCUCUUGAUGUGUGUGUUUAUGUUGGGAUUUAUGUGCCUCGCGUGUUCGGUGUACGAGGAAAUGGCGCGCGCGUGGCUGUGGUGGGUCACGGAAGGGAUUUGGCGAAUGCUAAGUAUUCGGAUUGGGUGAGGAUUAGGAAGUCCCUGGAAAAGCUGAGGCCUCCUUCGAUGACUGAGCUCUUGCUGUCAAAUGACGGUGAUCGGAUACUUGAAGGCUGCGUGACAAACUUUUUUGUUGUUUGUCGCAAGGAUAAUGCUGAAGCUAAGGGGAACUGCUUGCAUGAUCACAAUAGUGCAUGUGCUUUUGAAGUACAAACAGCUCCUAUUCAUGACGGUGUCCUUCCAGGAGUUAUUCGCCAAAUAGUGAUCGAUGUAUGCUUGAGCAAGGGAAUCUCAUUCCGGGAAGUUGCACCUUUGUGGUCAAAGCAUGACAUUUGGGAAGAAGCAUUCAUCACAAGUAGCUUGAGACUUUUGGAACAUGUGGAGACAAUUAAAGUUCCAAGUUCAUGGGAAUCACUUAAUUCAAAAACUUGGGAGGAGAUAUCAUGGGAAGAGAAGCGGUUUGAGGAGGGUCCUGGGAUGAUCACAACAACAAUCCAGAAGGAGAUCAUGAAGAAAGCAAUUCUAGAAGGGUUUCCAUUACGUGAUGCUAUAUGAAAGGUGGAGCUGUUUAGUUUUUCACUUCAUUUCCUCAAGCAAACAUCGUGCCUUCUUGCCUGUAGAGGACCAAAUGACUUGACUGCCGUCAUGAGCAUGUAAAUUUCAAGUCUAUAAAACUUCUAGUGCUCUUUUCGGCACUGCCAGUCUCAUGCCUCUUUCGCAGUGCUGGGUCUGGUUGUGUGAUGAGACCACUGACCAGGGAUUUUUUCAUUUUCCAUAAGUUUUCCAUGGUUAGUGCGGCCCAAAGCUAAAGGGAGCAUGCUUAA